UGAUCGAUGUCAAAAUACAGCACAUCAGAGAGAGAGAGGAAAAAAAUAGUGUCGACAUUUCGAAACGUAAAAUCGAAACGAUCGCUUGCCUCAUAAUUUUCCUUUAAUUUGGAAACUGUUUUAGCUAAGAUGAAUUGAAUUCGGUGGUUUUUUGUUCAGAAUGAUUACGCAAGUCGGUGGUAAUUGAAUUGAAGCACGGCUACGUUGCUGCUGGAAGUGCUAGCCGAAAGCUAAGGAAGGGAAAGUGGCUGAAAGAAUCGUUUGCUUGCAUAAUAGUGCAUUUUGUUGACUGUGAUUACAUUGUUUUACUGACACAGCCAGUUGAAUAUAGUCAUCGAUAUUUGGUGCGUGUGUAGAACCACUGACAAAUAGCAUGCCACUGGACAGUGGAGUUGUGGGUAGCAACUCGGGAGGAAAGCAAAUUACUUCGUCGGGAUGUGUAUGUGGGGCAGUCGGUGGAGCAUCAUCGGUGGGAGUGAAUCUUGCUGUCACCGGGGUCAUCGGUCCGGGAAGUAAACAGAUGUCGGCGAAAAAAUCUCUGAAACUGUCAAGUCUAACGGAUGAUGUGAUGGGACCACCAUCAGUUACCGGAAGUCAUCACGAUGAACCGUUUCGGGCUAGGCUGCACCAAUUGUUUUCCCAGAUCGAGAAGGAGUUUGAUUUAUUACACGCCGAAAAUUUGAGCCUGCAGGAAAAGUUAGAUGCUGUUGCUGGAACGCCCCGUGAAUCGACUGUUGGUGAACGAUUGCUACCAUUGCAAGAUUCUUACGAAGCAGAUGGUGCUAUUAAUAAAAGCUUCAAAUCUAAGCUGGGUAGCGCCGGAAACAAGGUCAAAGCUAGUCACAAGAUUCGGGCUCAAACCAGUCGAAUCGUAUCAAGCUUCAAGGCUCAAUCUGUGGUGAGUUCGUUGGUGCGUGAGUUUUGUGGCCACAAGGACGGUGUCUGGCAGGUGACAACCAAAACCGGUCAGCCGAUUAUUGGAACGGCUUCGGCAGAUCAUAGUGCCUGCAUAUGGGGAAUUGAUACGGGCCGGUGUUUACUGCAGUACCAGGGUCAUAGCGGAUCGGUAAAUUCGAUCAAAUUUCAUCUCAAUAGAGACCUGGUGCUGACGGGCAGUGGGGAUGCUACAGCCCAUAUAUGGCAGGCGGCCGUCAACUGGGAGGUUCCUGCGAGGAAAGGACAUUCCUCUGAGGAAGAACUUGACGAUGAGGAUGAACCCUACGAAGAGAAGGAACGAAUCGAUGUACUGAGAACUCCAAUCUGUGAAUUCUCAGGGCCGGGUGGGCAUACUUCUGUAGUGGUAGCGGCAGAUUGGCUACCCGGAGGUGAUCAGUUAAUUACGGCUAGUUGGGAUCGAACCGCUAUCCUAUGGGAUGUUGAAACCAGAGAGCCUCUUCAGCCGCUUUGUGGCCACGAUCACGAACUAACGCAUGCUUCGGCCCAUCAGAGUCAGCGGUUAGUGGUGACGGCUUCGCGGGAUUCAACGUUCCGGCUGUGGGACUUUCGUGAUCCUAUUCCAGCCGUAUCUGUUUUUCAGGGUCACACAGAGAGUGUAACAUCCACAGUGUUUACCAGAGACGACAAAGUGGUAUCCGGUUCUGACGAUCGUUCCGUUAAGGUAUGGGAACUUCGCAACAUGCGCUCAGCGCUGACAACAAUUCGGACCGAUUCGGCUGUUAAUCGACUUGCCGUUUCCGCUGGGGGAGUCAUCGCCAUACCUCACGACAACCGUCAUAUCCGGCUGUUUGAUCUGAACGGACAGCGAAUCGCUCGGUUACCUCGCACCAGCCGACAGGGACACCGUCGGAUGGUUUCAUCGGUUGCCUGGACAGAAGACGUCAAUUCGGCAUGCAAUCUGUUCUCGAGUGGAUUUGAUCGACGGGUACUUGGAUGGGCUGUCAGCUUGCCACCGAAAGAUAAUUGAAAAAAUCGCGUUAACCAUUUCUAAGAUAGGAUAGGAGGAGCAGACGCUGCUGUUGGUGUGACUAUUACGAAUAUGUGUAUAGACGUUUUACUAUCGAAUCGUUGUUGUUUCGUUUUCGAACAGAUUCUCAUUAUUAGUUUGUUCAGGUCGAUGUACUAAUAUAACUCUAGUUCUAGUAGCAAUGGAGAGGUGGCACUGAUUAUUUGAUUAAUCCAUCGGAGAAGGGAGGAGUUUCUGACUGUGGUUCUAACCCUAGAAUAAAAUAAAUGUUUACUAGUACUUGGGCAAGGAAAAAUGGAGUCUCGCAAUUUUCGUAACUUUUGGACACUUGGAGCGUAUUUUAGUAGUCAUCUUUUGAAACUGUAUAACCAAAAAAUAAAUAUCAGGAUGUAAUGCCUUCGUCAAGAAACUACGUGUAGAGUUUUAUCUUUUCACAAAAGUAUGCGUACUUUUUUAACUGAAAAUUUCCGGCAAGACACCAGAUUUAGUCUUUAUAACCUGUGAUUGCACAUUUUGGAAUUUGAUUGCCAUAUCAACGAAACUACGAGUGUACUUUUCACCACAAUCGAAAGGAAUCGUUUUACUGCAAUAAAAAAAGCAUUCAACAACAGUUCAUAAUUUUAGCUUAAGCAAACAAAACAGUUAGUUACAAACAGUUUUACCUGUCACGAACACAAGACAAUUUUAAUAUUCACGAACGUAUACAAUUGUCCGGAAAUAACACGACAAAUCUCACGAUAUGAACAACCAGAUAUUCAGCUUGAUAUUUAUAAUAUUUCCACUUGAAAAAGUACUAAAUAUACCAAUAGUAUGGUAGUAAACCAUGGUUAUGA